CAGGACGCAUUGCAACAGCGAAACAUUUAAUUGGAGUCGGGAUCUAGUGCGAGCAGGGAAGGUAGAACGUAGUCUGGAGAAAUGUUUUUGUAUUUAUCACUACGUUGAAUCGGGUAGUUAGUUGGAGUAUUUGCGCCGGAUUUCCUGUCCCGUGAAACUGAUCAGGAGGUAGCAUCUACUGUACAGACCCCACAGCCAUGACCUGUAUGUUGAAUGCUGCUCCCCAUCAACAGUCCUACAUCGUAACUUCAAACAACUCAGGGCAAGAAAUGGAUCCAGUUCAGCUGAACGGCCACUGUUGUUUUGGGAGUUGUCUCAGAUCAUCUUUCCACAAGCUGCGACCAGCUGCUCUGAAAAUGUCCAAUAAUGAGGAGCCAUUUCUACAAAUGGAAAAAGAUCAGCUGCUCUCCCCAUUUAAGAGACUCUCUGUGGAUAGCACAAUACAGUCACCACCUCAAACACCAGUGAAAGGGACAAAUCCACCAUCUAUUUCUGGGUGUUACAGUGAUCGAAGUUCUAAGCCACUUCCUCCAUUGCCUAUCACUGGUGAUGUGUCCUUUGAUGAUGUUGACAGUGAGGUUGAAUCCAUUACAAGCUCUGAAACUGAUUUCCUCUUGCAAGACUGCAGAUCGCUGAGCUUUCGGUACAAUACUCCGAGUAGAAGGAGCUUCCGUGGGUGUGGGCAGACCAACUAUGCUUACUCGGAAGGUGCUAAUAGGACUAGGUUGCCAGAAGGUUGUGAUAUGAUAAAAAAAGACUCUAACCUGGAAAGCACCGAGGUUAUUGAAAAGCCUGUUCAGCCUCACCGCAAAUUACAGCGUUCACAUUCUGGUCCAGCUGGAUCUUAUAACAAACCUGUUGCAUUUAAAAAUGGAAGCUGUUUAUCACGUUCAUCACCAAACUCCAAUGAGGUAAAGCCUGAGGUUCCUCCUCGAGUUCCCAUACCCCCACGACUUGUGAAACCUGACUACCGGAGAUGGUCUGCAGAGGUGAUGUCAGGCAUGUAUUGUGACGAGGACAGGCCACCGAAAAUACCCCCACGGGAACCUGUGUCCAGAAAUAACUCUCGCACCCCAAGUCCUAAAAGCCUCCCUUCCUACCUCAAUGGAGUGAUGCCACCCACACGAAGCUUUGCACCUGACCCUAAAUAUGUCAGCAACAAAAUUUUGCAGCGGCAGAGCAGUGAUGGGGCAGGCACAAAGGUGCCAUGCAUUUUACCAAUCAUGGAAGAUGGAAAGAAGAUGAGCUCUACACACUACUACCUGCUCCCUGAGAGGCCUCCCUAUCUGGAAAAGUUUCAGAAAUACUUGGUGGAGGCUCAGAACACGUGGGAGUCGAAUGAUUGCACAACAGAGAAUUUCAAGACAUUUGCAUUGACCAAGCCAGCAACAGUAAAAGGGAAAUCUGUUGCUUAUGUAGAGGCUCCUUAGACUUUUAUCGUCCCUCAGAGGAGCAACAAAAUAUGACCACAGCAAAGAACAGUUCCGGGAGAAUCCAAGGCAAUUGGUUUGCAAUUUCUUUAGAACAAUCAAUGGAAUCACAGAACAUGAUCCUAAAACCAGUGAAAAUACAAUUUCAGUUGCUGUAAACUAGAGGCCCUUGAACAUGGCAGUGUCCAAGUUACCUGUACAAUAGUUUUACAGUAGACAUUUUUCAUUAGAACAUUUUAUGGUUUUAAUUGCACUUUAUCUACUUCUUCGAACCUUGAAAAGGCAGUGAACUAGGUGAGACACAUUGAGCACAGUGCCUUAUGAUCUCUUGGAGAAAGCUCAACAUCUGUUUGGAUAUAAAGGCCCUUCCCAGGCAGUAACUCACGUGAAACAAGCACAACACAAUCAAGACUAGAUUUUUAUUACUGAAACUUGUGAUUUUUUUUUUAUUAUUAUCUAACUGUCCAGACACACACUCGUGAAGAAGAACUGCAGCAAAUGUUAAAGGGCAGCAUACAGAUGAUCAUGCCUAAUAACAAUCCAGCUCAGGGAUGCUCAGUGAAGGUCACCUCUCACGUAACUAUUUUGAAUGAAAAGUAUUAUGCUAAAGUGAAGGGAUUUGAUUAAAAGUUAAGCACAGAAACUGCCACAGUUCAUAUCUCUGCCUUUUUUACCCAUUCCCAACAAUUCACAACAUGUCUGUUGGGAUAAUGGAGAGGCCAAGGGUCAGAGGGACUGUAGUUAGUGAUCCAUUUUGUUUCAAGACUAACAAUCUUUUCAUUGUCUUUUCUUCCUUGCCCCUCAGGGUGUGCUCCCUUCCUGUUUUUGAGUACUGAUACAGCUGUAAAUGUGGCACAGGAGAACGGACUUGUCACAUUUUGCUAUUCGUCGUUCAUCAGCACUAGUAGCUUACCCACACCAUUUUUAAGAUGCACCCAAAACAUGAUUUUUUUAUUAUUAACUCACCGAAGGUUACAGAUGAUCACCAAUUGUGUUUUUAACUGGAGAUACUGCAGUGGAGAUUAGCACAGAGAUUGUUAACAUUUGUUUUGCUUGUUGUCCACUCUUCAAGUGAUUGUGAAUAACUGACCAUCAGAGCAUCACAGUCUACAUUAAUCUUUCUCUCUUUGUAUUUUGCUAAAUCGUGAAUGUACAGGGCCCAUGGCUCACUAUCUAGUAACAGUGAGGUCCAUGGUAGCCAGCAACUGCUUUCCAGUAGUUCCUACUGUCAGUAUUUAGUGUUGUUUGUGGAUGGAUAUGAUUUGUGCUGUGGCUCAUACGUUCUCCUUUUAAGCCCAUGCAUGGUUUGGCCUCCUCUGAGUCAACACUUAGAGUCGCUACAUCAGCUAAGAGUACAAAGCAAGGAACCAAGCAAGACAAAACAUUCAGGAGGUGACUGUGAUGAUGUUGUGCCUUCUAACACAAAGCCCACCAUCUGUUGGCACUGAGAUGCAAGAGAGCAUCAGCCACCGUUUAUCUCAGAAAUCAAACACCUUGUAGACAUAGGCAAUUGAAUUAAAUGGAAAAUAAGACCAUGAGUAAACAUUAGGCUAACAAAAUAAAAGCUAAUUGGGUGCAACAAGGGACAUAAUGGUAAGAGACUCAGCAGUAACCUGCAGACUAGUUUACAUGAUAGAUGAUUAGGGACCUAAAUGAAGAAUCCACACAGUUGCUUGUUUUUGAGAAUAGUUUUGUUAGUGACACAAUUUAACUACAUGUUUCAUAAAUGAAGGCCUAUAAUUCUACUCUUGUAUCAUUGGCUGUAACAUAUCUUUUAAUGUAUUGUAACUAUAUUUGUUGAAAAACCACAAUGAUAUUUGUUUCUGUGGUCUGUGCAGUAUUAUUGGGAUAUCAUA